AUGGCUGCGUCUGCUGCAUCCGAUGCUGCGACUCUGGCGAGCAGCGAUGAGGAGCUCACGCCCGCUGGCGUUGGCCUGUCGGGCGGCCAACGGGACUACAGCGAUGCGCGUUUGGAUCGCGUGGCCGCCUACACGACGACCACGAUGCGUCUAAAGCCGGACAAAUGGGCCAAAAUGAUGCAGCACGAUGAGCUGCGGCACAUUGUCAUGGACUGGCUGCACGGACGGACGCGAGUGCUGGUGAUGACGCUCAGUCCCGGCGGCGAGCUGGUGCCCAGGGGCUGCAUCAGCGACCUGUACCUGGGCUAUGCGCUGCCGAGCACCGGCACACGGUCAACCGCUGCGACGGCGACGGCGACGAUGACGACGGACUCCACUGCCACGGCUGCUGUGGUGGCGGCGGCAACGGCUGCUGGCGCAUUGGUGGUGCCGCUACCGCCCGCUUCGUCCAGCUUCACCACCUUGGAUGGGGUGCCGCGCGGCAAGUGCGCCUACUUCAUACGCCACAAUGUGGGCGUGCCGCUGACAGCGGGCAACUUCCAGAGCUCCAUGGUCUACGGCGACUUUCCGGUGCACAGCAAAUUCGAGACGAUGUCGCUGCUGUUCGACGAGGUGCUGCAGCCGCUGCUGGAGGGGGCCGAGGGCGGCUGGCCGGCGCCCGUGCGCCAGGAUCUGCAGGCGCGCGUCAAGGAAGUGCGCAACACACUGACCGAGAUUAAGGGCAAGACCAACAAUCGCACAAUUUUAUCGUUAUUAGUUGCGCCAACAGUCGUCGAGGAUGUGUCUGGCCACGUGAGCCGGGGCAAUCUAAGGCCAGCCUUGGAUACGAAAUUUCGCACUCUAUUGGAGGAGAUGUUCAUCAAUUGGACAACGCAAAUGCACGACAUUGUCAUGGAGCGCUCCGAGGCCGUUGGCCUAACCACGAGCACCGCCACCUCCAGCUCGCCCAGCAAGCACUUGUAUGUGGUCGCAUUACCGGCUCAGGAGAUUACGUUCUGGGCGAACCGCAAGCUCAACUUACAGAACAUCUACGAGCAGCUGCGCGAGCCCAUGCACAAGGCGCUGGCCCACAUUCUGGAGCGCAUCGAGUCCGUCUACUACGAGCCGUACGCCAAGGCGUUCCGCCAGCUGGUGACCGCCUGGCUGGAGGCGCAGGACGUCUCGCUCUGGCUGCAGCCCUUUCAGCGUCACACGGCCGCCUUCAACUCGGUGCAGUUCAGCAAUGCCCAGGAGCUGAUUGCGCCGCUGGUCCAUGUGCUGCACCUGCUGUGGAGCAAUGCGCGAUUCUACCGCAGCACCCAAAGGAUGAGCGUGCUGCUCAGCUGUGUCUGCAACAUGCUGGUGCAUCGCGCCGCCGAGGACUUGGAGUUCCCGCUGCUCUUUCAGGGCGACGCCGACGAGGGACUGCAGCGCAUCAUCAAAACGGGCGAGGUGCUGGAGUUUUUCAAGCAGCGCAUGCUCGAGUACAAAGAGCGCUAUGCCAGCAGCCAAGUGCUGUUGCCAGCUUUGCCCAGCUCUUCGACGGCAGCUGCAGCUGCCGGCUCCGCCUCACCGCCGGCCGACGACCAGCAUCAGUUGUGGCGCUUCUCCAGCGAGCAAGUGUUUGGGCAAACACUUGAUGGCUUCCUGCUACAACUAUCGGAACUGCGUCACGUCUUUGAGGCAGCCGUGCAGUUCCAGCAGCUGGAGAAGCUCGAAAUUGGGGGACUGCGCGGCAAGCUGCUCACAGCCCGCAUCAGAGAAAUCUACAGCGAAUUCAAGCUGCUCUUCGAGCAAUGGACCAAUGUAGACAUCGACCUGGCUGCGCCCGUCGCCCACAAGUGGAAGUGCUUCAAGCGCGAGCAACGCCUCUUCUUCCAGCGCAUGCAGCAACUGGAGCAGAAGCUGGCCACCGUGCUGCUGCAGGCCUUCGAGCAGUGCUACAGCUGGGUGCACCUGCUCAAGCUGACCCUGAUGUUCGGCUGUCUGCUGCAGCGGCGCACCGUUCAAUCGGAGCUAAUUCACCUGCUGCCACACAUGCUCAGCAUCUACAACGAUGAGCUGCAGCAGCUCGAGCUGAGUGUGGCUGACGUCCUUUUCAACUAUCAGUGUCACGGACUCAAAGCGGUGCCCGUGGCAGGCAACUUUCCUCCCAUAGCUGGCGCCAUCAUGUGGCUGGAGCAGCACUUGCAUCGCUGCGAUGACCUCGGCGCAAAGGAUCUAAUCGAUCUCAUCCAGACGCUGCUAAUGCUGAAAUCGGAGCUAGUAACGCUGCCUUUCAAAUGGGAUGCAUUGGUCUCGCGUCGCAACAUUCUCACCACGAAGCUGUGCAACCUGCAGCAAAAGAUUUGGCAGGCCUGGCUGGAGGACAUUGACAAGAUAAUUGCCGAGGGCCUCGAUGAGCACGUGCUGUUUCAAUCGGCCGCAGGUCAGCCGCUGCAGCUGAACUUCGCUCGGGCGCUCUUUACGCUGCUCAAGGAGACCAAAUAUUUGCUCGCCCUUCAGGCAGCUGGCAGAGUUUCGAGCAAACUAUUUCCGAUGCCCGAGGCGCUGCUCUCGCUUUACGAGCAGCGCGACGCCUACUGGCAUCGUCGCAUAAGACUCAUCAAGAUUGACGAGUUCUACAAUGGCAUCCGGGGCGGGCAAUGCGCCGCAGCCGAGCUGCAGCUAAUUGCCGCCGAGCUGGCGGCCAUUGAUGAGCAAGUGGCCACCGCCUGUGCCCAGCUAACCUGGCGCAAUUACGACGAGCCACUCAUCGAGAGCAUCUUUGAGAAGUCACGCGAUCUGCAUGCUCGCCUGCACGAGUCCCAUGGCAACCUAGAUGCCAUACUGGCCAGCAUGCGCCGCUGGACCUGCGAGCCACUGCAUCAGCGCAGUCUAUACGGACGCAAUCUGCUGGAUCUGCGCCAUCAGCAAGAGCGAGUGCGGCUCCGUCUGCUGCAAUGCGAUGAGACGAAGAUGCUGCUAAAUCGCUUCUUGAUUGCCAACUUUUGUUUGUUGUUCAACUACGAACGGCAGCAUCUUCAGCUCUAUUCCCGCGACCUCACCGUCCAGGAGCUGCUGURUACCUUGAUGUUGACAGUUUCUGCACGAAUUUCCGGAUGAGCAGCGACGACAGUUCAACAAAUAUUUAGCCACCGUUGAUGAGUUGAUUUGCCGUGAAGUAAAAGAGGCCAUGAGGAUCAGGUUUGAGUCC